AACCCCUCACACUCCCAUCCAGCCGCCACCAGGUGCAGAGUCUUUCGUCAUCUCUUCUCCGGCGAAGAACCCCCAGUCGCCCACCAGAUCACUUGUUAAACUUUGUUGAGGGGUGAUGGCGGUUUCUUUCGCAAACCUCAACUCCGAGGCAGGGCUUAAAAAGCUUGAUGAGUACCUUCUCACUCGCAGCUACAUCACUGGCUACCAAGCUUCCAAGGAUGACUUGGCUGUCUACACUUCGUUUUCGGCUGCUCCCUCGUCCAAGUAUAUCAACGUAGCAAGGUGGUUUAACCACAUUGAUGCGCUCGUGAGGCUGAGCGGAAUUACUGCAGAGGGCCAAGGUGUGAAGGUUGAAUCCUCAGCAGUUCCUUCAGCCCCAACUCCAGAUGUUGCUGAAGCACAGGCCCCAGUUGCUGAGGAGGACGACGACGAUGAUGUUGACCUUUUUGGUGAGGAGACCGAAGAUGAGAAGAAGGCUGCUGAAGAGCGUGCUGCAGCUGCCAAGGCUUCUGGCAAGAAGAAAGAAUCUGGGAAGUCAUCAGUUUUACUUGAUGUGAAGCCAUGGGACGAUGAGACUGACAUGGCCAAGCUCGAGGAAGCUGUUAGGAGUGUCCAGAUGGAAGGGCUGCUCUGGGGCGCAUCCAAGCUUGUCCCAGUUGGAUAUGGUAUCAAGAAGCUGCAAAUCAUGAUGACCAUCGUCGACGACCUUGUCUCUGUCGACACUCUCAUUGAGGACUAUCUGUGCGCUGAGCCAGUGAACGAGUACGUGCAGAGCUGCGACAUAGUUGCCUUCAACAAGAUCUAGGCGUGACUUCCGAUCAGUCCUUCCCCUGGGGUGCUGGCGAUGGUGGUGGCUGGGCAAUGCACCAGCCUAAUUUAUCCAUAGCUAUAUGUCUGCUUUGUGUGGCCAGUGAUAUUGCCGUGAGUAUUUUUGGAUCCUAUUCGAGUCGAAUGUACCAGUACCAGAGUUAAUUUGCUUUAAUUCGAAACACCGUUCCAGUUGGAAUUCU